AUGAUCCUGGGGCAGAAGCUCGCGCAGAUGGGGCUCUCGGUUACGGUGCUCAUCCCCGGGAAUCGCCCGCUCCGCCGAGUCCUCAACAACAAUCCCACCGACGGCCUGGACGUGCUGCUCGAGGUGCUGGACAUGGCCGAGGACGAGGACUCCUGGCAGCCCAGCAGCCGAUCCAUCGCCACCGGCGCGCGGCGGCUCCAGGUGGAUAUGUGCGCCGUGGCCAGCACCAUGUCCAUGUUCCAGAUGCACGGCGAGGCCCUCCGCCGCAAAUUCGACGAGAUCAGGCGCUCGCCAUCGCCGCCCGUGUACGCCGUGAUGGAUUACAUGCUCUUCUCCUCGGCCAGCGAUGGAUUCCUGGCCGAGAACGCCAGCCUCGUCCCGAUCUGCGUCUUCUGCCCGAUCUCCGCCGCCAGCAUCAUCUUCCAUAUGUCGGCCUCGCAGCAGACGCUCCCCUCCAAGCUCGCCGAUGGGUUCGUCAUCCCGGGGCUGCCACCAUUCCGCCCACACGACAUCUCCGACUACUACCGCGAGACGUCCCACGUCUUGAAUCUCCUCUUCUCCGAGCACAGCAAUCUCCUGGCCGAGUUCCAUCGCCUCAUGAUCAACACCUUCCACGAUCUCGAGAACGGCCCCCUGGACGUGCUCCGCCUCGACGCCAAGGCCACCAAAUCCAAGGUCUACGCCGUCGGCCCGCUCCUCCCGCCCGAGUUCUUCAAGCUCGAUCUGGCCAAGCCCACGGGUGAUCGCGCGGUGGAGGAGAUCAAGGAGCACCGCGAUCGUCUCGUCAAGAGCGCCGACGAGCAGCGAUGCAAGGAGUGGCUCGACGGCCAGCCGGAGACCUCGGUGCUCUACAUAUGUUUCGGGAGCUGGAUCUCGCUGUCGCGCGCCCAGAUCUUGGAGCUGGCGGUGGGAUUGGAGGCGAGCGAGCAGGGAUUCCUGUGGGUGUUCUCGCGCGUCCAGGAGAUGGAAGCUCUCCCGGAGGGAUUCGUGGAGAGGAUGGCGAGUAGCAACAAGGGCUUCUUCUACGUUGGCUGGGCGCCGCAGUUCGUCAUCCUCAGUCACUCCUCCACGGGCGCGUUCGUGACGACGUGCGCGUGGAACUCGGUGCUCGAGUGCAUCUCCCUGGGCGGCCUGCCCAUGCUGGCGUGGCCCAUCACCAUGGACCACCUACCCACGUGUCGCUACCUGGUUGACGUGCUCCACGUGGCGGUGGAGGUGAUUGGCGACGGCGACGAGCGUCUCGUGGGGCGUGCCGAGGUGGAGGCCGCGGUACGCGCGGUCACGGUCGGGGAGGAGGCCGCGGCGAUGCGGCGGCGUGCCGCGGCACUGCGGCGUGCGGCGUGUGAGGCGGCGACGCAGGAGCCAUUGCGGCCGUUUGUUACCGAGGUACUGCGCCACGCCCACCAGCCGCAGUAA